AUGUCUGAUACAGCUGACGAUUAUUCAUAUGACUACGAAUAUCUUUUCAAAAUCGUGUUGAUUGGAGAUUCAAGCGUUGGUAAGACAAAUCUUUUGUCUCGUUUCACCAGAGAUGAGUUCAAUCCUGAUUCUAGAGCCACUAUUGGCGUUGAGUUUGCCACUAGAACGUUGGAGAUUAAUGGAAAGAGAAUCAAGGCACAGAUCUGGGAUACUGCUGGACAAGAGAGGUACAGGGCCAUUACUGCUGCCUAUUAUAGAGGAGCAGUUGGUGCAUUGGUAGUGUACGAUAUCUCCAACUCUGAUUCAUAUGAAUCUGUUUCUAGGUGGUUGAAAGAGAUGAAGGAGCAUGCAGAUGCUAACAUAGUGAUAGCGCUUGUGGGUAACAAGUCCGAUUUGGAACAUUUGAGAGCGGUUCCAACUGAGGAGGCCAAAAACUUCGCCGCUGAGCAUAACUUGUUGUUUACUGAGGCCUCUGCUUUAAAUGCAGACAACGUCGAGUUUACCUUUCAUCAGUUGAUAAAGAGCAUAUAUGAGAUGGUGUCGAAGAGGAAGUUCGACAUGGACGGCGCUGAAGGUUCUGGCAACCGAGAUUUGAACAGUAAGACAAUCACUCUAACGCCUGCACCAAAGGAUAAAAAGGUCUCUAAGAACUCCAACUGCUGCUGA